AUGGCUGGAAUAGCAACAGUGGUGGCGGCUGCAGGCAUUGAGGGAGCGGCAGGAGGAGCAAGCAGAGGAGGGGUAGAAAGGGACGUCGAGAAUGAUUGCCUGAAUGCUGGACCAUCGAGGAACGCUGCCGCUGCUACUGCUGCUGCGGCUGCCGCGGCUGCUGCUGCAGCGGCGGCGGCUGCUGCGAUGGCAGGGGGGAUGGGGUUUGUGGGAGGGCACGGGCAAGCGCAAGAGGCGGAUGGUAGGCUGAUGACGGGUGGUGGUGAGCAGGAGCGGUUCAAAUGGGUGAAUGGAGGUGGAGAAGGGUCAGGUGGAGCGGGAGGAGUGUCGGGCAUGGGUGGUGGUGCGGUGGGGAUGCCAGGGGGUGCAGGGGAGGGGCUGGUGGGGCUGCCUGCGUGGGACUCUGCAGAGUUUGAGGCAGUCAGGCGGCAGUAUCCAGCCUUCUCGGCCUACUUUCUGGAGUUCUCCCGUGCGCUGCACGCCCUCUACAAGGACGCUCCCAUUCGCCCUCCCGCUCUCGCACCCAUCCAAGCACAGGGCAACCCCUCUGCUCCUCUUCCGCCGCCUCCUGCCCCUUGUGCUAAUUUGUGGACAAUUGACUCGGAUGGUUUGAAAGUUUUCCAUGGAUUUGCUGUGCCACUCGCUCCCGCGUCGCAGCAACGCGCCGAGCAUGGGCUGAGCCAAUCUAGCAACGGACGGCUCGCUCGCGAGGACGGCACCGCGGCGCCGGAGACGCGCGGCGGAUGCCCGGCGAGCGAUGGCCAAUCGGAUCGCUGCUUGGUUCUGGGGCCUUCGAGCAGCGGGCUGGCGUCCGUGCUGCUGAGCGUGGCGUGUCGGCUGGCAGCGGCGCAUCCCCGCCGCCCCGUCAUCUUCGUCGCUCGCACUGGCGCCCUCGACGCCCACCCACCGCUGCUCCCUGCCGUGCGCUCCCUUGGAUUCCCUUUCUACUCGCAUAACACGCUUCCCAGACGCUCUCACAUCUCAAUCUUUAUCUCCCUGAUCAACACUUCCAAACCUAAUUCCGCCCACCCCCGUUUCCCCCACUCUCCCCCCACUCCCGCACCUCUUCCAUCCUCUUUACCCCGGUGCCCCAUUCUCCCCCUCCCCCCCGCCUUCCCCCUUCCUCUCUCUCAGCUAUGUGGAGAGCACGGAAGAGUUGCGGCAAUUUGCAGCUGCAACCCGCCUACUGCGUGUGCAGCGCGUGUCCCCCCUCUGCCGUGUGCCAUUCUGGUGCAUGACCUCAGCAGCUUGCUCCGCCCUGACCUCACAGCGAAGCAGCGGGAGAUGGAGGCAGUGCGGUCUGUGGCGCUGCUGGCUGAUGCUGCUGCUUUCAUCAGCCAAGCAGAAGGCACAAGAAACACCUCGGGCAUUGCAACUGCUGGUCUUUCAUCCAGCCAUACCUCCCCCAGCAGCAACACUACCACUACCACUGCCAAUGCCGCUGCCACCGUUGCUGUCCCUCCUGCCACUGCUGCUGGCACUGGUUGCACGCUGGUCGUUACAGAGUGCUUUCCUGAUGCCGCUCUUGAUCCAGAUGUGCCUCUGCUUGUGCCGUCACAGCAGCUGCCUGCUGCACCAUCUGCAGCCCUGCCUCCUCGUGUUGCUGCUCUGCUUGCCCGCUUUCACCACCUCUUGCGAUGGCUCCCCCAAACCUUCCUCUCACUGCCCACUGCGCAUCCUUGCCAGUUUCGCAUGCUUCCUCUUCAGCUCGCAUCAUCCCUCCAUCCACAUCAUCAAUCUCACCACCAACACGAGCAAGCACUUAUGGACCGUGGGUUUAGUCUGUCAGGAGAGCAGGGGGUCUCAUAG